UUGGUCUUUACGCGAUGUGGCUCUUCUAUACCACGCCACCGAUCGUUAUUAGUGGAAUGUACACGCUCUUACCGACGAACGAAACAUACUCGGCCAGGUUUCUAUAUCGCUUGGAACAUGUUCUGGACAUGGAUAAAUACUACAACCUGUUGAUGCUUCACGGGUUCAUCAGCGUAUUCUAUAUAGUCUCUGUCCCUAUAGCUGUCGAUGGCCUGUUCACACUCUGCGUUCAGCAUGUUUGCGCGUUGUUCAGAUGUAUAAAAUACAAUAUAGAGCAAAUACGAGGUUCGGAGCUUAAUCCGGACAUCGCAGACGACGAAGCGUACCAUGGCAUAAUAAGCUGUAUCAAAUCAUACAAACGUAUCUUAAACUUCGGUACGGCAGAGUUGGUGAUGGUGGAUAAUCAAUUUGACGAAAUCAUUAGAAUUCUUGCUAGCGCAGUUGCGCAGUUGCUGCACAUAUAUUAUCUGAGUUUAACGUCUCAACGCUUGAUCGAUUACAGCAAUGAGCUCCAAGAUGUGAUUUACAGCUGCAACUGGUACAUGAUUUCACUGAGGUCCAGACAUCUCCUGAGAUUCACAUUACUGCGUGCCACUAAACCGUGCCAAAUAAAAGCUGGUAAUAUGUUCGUAAUGUCGUUGGAGAACUUCAGCGCGCUUUUGAAAAUGACCAUGUCCUACUUCACGAUGCUCACAUCAAUGCAGUAACAAUCGCGUAUAAUGGUUUACGUUAGAGAAAUUAAAAACAUGUUAAAUAAAUAAGCUAACAAUCA